AUGAAGGUUGCGGUCAUCGGCGGAGGCCCAUCGGGCCUGGUUACUCUCAAGUUUCUGCUGGAAGCCCACAAGUACUUUGAUAUACCACCGAUCGAUGCCCGGCUGUUUGAAUCGGAAGAGAAGAUUGGUGGAACGUUCGUCUGGAGGAUCUACGAAGACGCCGAGCUUGUAUCUUCCAAGUAUCUCACAGCGUUCUCAGACUAUCGAUUCUCCCCAACCGCCCCUGACUUCGUCACACCGGAGCAAUAUGUGCAGUACUUGAAUGAAUAUGCGAGCCACUUCGUCAAGGUUCGGGGGCAGUUCGGCCACAACUCGAACGUGGUGAUACUAGGGGCGGGCGAGACCGCCAUGGACAUCGGCUACCUUGCCAUCACAGCCCCCACACGUUCCGUCUCCAUCUGUCACAGAGGCGGCUUCUUCUGUGCCCCAAAGGUGAUUCCUGUGCCGCAAAUCAGAGGGGAGAAGGUGGUCCAGACCCGGCCCAACAAACCUUCAGAUUGCUCGGUCGCCAGCUUGUUUGACACCGCGUACACACAUCCAACUCUUCAGCGCAGUCCCUUGCUAUGGCUUGUGUAUGACAGAUGGGUUAAAGGAAUGCACAUGUUAAUAUCUGGAACCGAGGAGGGCCCUGAUCAGUGGGUUGGGCAUAUGAGCAGUGAGAGAAAGUAUGUCGACUCCAUUUUCAUGUAUGUAUUGACCUGGCCCGAAAAGUUUGAUGAUCAUGGGGCUAUGGUUGUCAUGGACGACGAUGGCAACACGAAGCGCAUAGUCCCAGACGUGAUCGUCCUAGCAACGGGUUACCGAACGAGCUUCCCAUUUCUAAAUGCUGAAUACCCGGGGCUUGGGGAGGCUGAUCAUAAAUUCAGAAGUGCUGUGCCAACAAUUGUCGACCCAAACGCUCUGGAGAGCUAUGAGCUGGACUGGAAACUCCAGCCACGGGCGGGAUAUGAUCUCUCAAAGACCAAAGGCGGUGUCGAUCACGAAAGCUACGCCUAUCAACUAGCAUUGGAUAUUGGAGCGGCGCCUAGAGUAUCUUAUAUCAUGGGGAGGGGCCUCAAGGUCUGCUUUACCUGGGCCAUGGGAUCCAACUUCAAUACCAAGUUCAGGCUUGUCGGCCCCUGGAAGUGGGAGGGCGCGGCAGAGAUUAUAGAGGGAGAACUGUUCGACGUGGUCAAAAGAUCCGGAGGCCUGGUAUACCUUUUUAGUUACACAAUUGCGCCGCUGAUUCUGUUUGGGACUCUGAGCAUUAUGCUCUAUUUGAUCACAGCACUUCCCAGCGAAGAUUUCAAGGUUCUAGAAAUUGUCCCUAAUAUUACGAUAUCGCUCGGGAAAUAUGGCUCGUUUCCCAGCAAUCUAAUUAUCGAUCGCCCGUAUCAUUUAACGUAUGAAAUCCAAGACAAGCGCGAAGACGAAAACUUUGCACGCCUGCGCGUGGUACCCGCAGCAGAGCUCAACGCCGAUGCAUUGGCCGACACAAGCGCCGACGCCGAAGAGGGGGAGGCCGACGAGGAGACGAUUAUCAGACCUUCCGACGGUGAAGAACUUACGCUCGUCGACGAGGCUAGCGGCCAGGUUGUUAUCCGAUCGAAAGGAGAGGCCAUCGACGAGUCGGCACGCCAGACGUUGACGAUACAAGAGAUCGAGGAGCUUAAGAAAAAGGGCACAGCUGCAGGCAAGGAAUUGAUUGCCAAGCUUCUCCUCUCUCAUACGGCCAUCGAGGAGAAAACGGCCUAUUCUUUAGCCAAGUACAAGCUACUAAAGACGAAGAAGUACAUCCGCCGAUUCACAGUCCUACCGCUCGACGUACCUCUGCUCGCGAAAUGGAUGCUGGAAGACAAGGACGCCUCCAAGAUUAUGGAGAUGCGCAACGAGUCUAUGGCUCUGGUUGGGUGCUGGGCAGAUGUUCAUUAUGUUGCGCCGCACUUGGAUGACGCUGGAGACGAGUCUGGGGGCCGGUGGCUUGUUGUUGACGACACGGGCGGUUUGUUGACAGCUUCCCUUGCCGAACGGAUGGGAAUACUGCAUGAAAACCCCGACGGUGCUGAGCAACUACAGGAGGAACAGCCCGAGGCUCAGGCCGACGCGGGCAGCGAAGAGACGAGAACAGAGGCUCGACCUGCCAAGCGACGAAGACCAGAUGACCUGGAAUUACCAUUCGCCAAACGCAACACACUCACUAUUCUACACCACAACACACAACCCAAUCUCUUCCUUCUCCGCUACUUCAACUUUGACAGCUCCGAUCCUGACCCUCACCCCCCGUAUCAUCCCUUAUUUUCAAACAUGAUGUAUCUGUCAUGGCUCCAGCUUCUUAACCCCGAGGAGGACAUUACGCUAGCGAAUCCUCCAGAGGAGGUUGCGCCGGAGGUUUUGGCGUCGUGGAAGACCAACCGGAGAGGCAACCAUCAUCGCAAGCGUCGGAGGUGGGCUCGCACACGACACAUCGUCGACUCUACACGUGCGGGGAGCUUCUCUGGCCUGGCCGUGGCCAGCCCGAUGGACCCUGUCUCCAUUCUCCGCCAUACUCUGCCUCUGCUCGCACCAGGUGCCCCGAUCGCCAUCUACUCGCCGAGCAUCGAGCCAUUAAACUCACUUGUGGACUGCUUCAGCGUCGGUCGCCGUGCAGCUUGGAUCACCGAGCCUCCCAAGGAGGCCGAGGGGAAAGCCAUCGAGGAACUGGAGCGGUGGGAAGGGAAUGCCGAAUAUCCCCUGAACCCAACGCUUAUUCUCAACGCCAGCAUCCAGACCAGCCGAGCGAAGCGGUGGCAGGUCUUGCCUGGCAGGACUCACCCCGUAAUGACGGCAAAAGGAGGCGCCGAAGGCUACAUUUUCACAGGUUGGAGAGCGUUGCCCGUCGCAGGUAAAAUCGAAGCCAGAGGCAAGUUCAACAGAAAGAAGGGGGAUCCGAAGUAG